AUGUGGGAAAAGGCGGUCCGUGAGUCACCGCCUGCCUCAUCCGGUAUCGGAGCAUGGGGAUAUCCCAGUAUCAAGGGCGAUGGCUUCAUUGCUCAGCCUCAUUCAGGUAAUCGAUAUAUGGCAGAUGGGCUUUAUGUGGAGUGGUUAUUAGAAAUUGUGAGUCACAAUUCUGGUACAAUGCCUGGAGCGAAGGAUGCAUGUUUGAGUCAUCACGCUUUAGGGGCAAGAGUGAACCGGGCAGAGAUAUACUCGGUGAGAGCGAAAUCCUUUGAAAUUGAACAAGAGAAUGAAGGGAAGAUUUGA